AUGAGACUUACCUCGUUAAUCAAGGAGAAGUUUUCACCACCAUUUCGGAUCAGCAUCAGGACCCAGCUGACGGCCCUGGUGAGUAUUGUGGCGUUGGUAUCUUUGAUCAUUUUGGCUGUUACUACUGGUGUAUAUUUCACCUCUACUUAUAAGAACCUAAGAUCUGAGCGUUUAUACAUUGCCGCUCAAUUAAAAUCAUCUCAGAUUGAUCAAAGUUUGAACUAUCUAUACUUCCAGUGCUACUGGCUUUCAUCAAGAGAUACUCUACAGACAGCACUGGCGAACUACAUCUCAGGGAAUAAGACGGAUGCCAAUUGGGUUGAUGCCGCAAGUGCGGUGCAAAAGUUUUUAACCUCGUCUGCGUUAUUCUCUGUUGCUCGAGUCUACGAUGCAGGAUUCCAUCCUGUCUUGAAUGCAACGAACAAUGGAACGGGAGACGCCCUGCCUGGUGAUAUUCUGAAUAGGCUCAUGCCUUUGUCAACUGACAUGGCGCUACCCUCAUCGCUGGAAACAGACGGAAUCCUGACAGAUCCAGUGCUGAACGGAUCAUCCUACCUGAUGUCCAUGUCCCUGCCGAUUUAUGCCAAUCCUUCUAUUAUUUUGACCGAACCGAGAGUCUACGGUUACGUUACUAUCAUUAUGUCUGCUGACAGUCUGAAGAGCUUUUUUGAUGACAGAACAGGUCUCGAGAAAUCCAAUGUUGCGAUAAUAUCCGCUGUGUAUGACGAGGUGAAUCAUAAAAUAACAUCGUACCGAUUUGUUUUUGCGCCUUACGGCUUACCGCCUACAAUCCUGGAUAGCACCUUUCCAAUCCCGAACGACACAUUUCUGAGCGCCUCUCUGCGACAAGGCAAGGCAGGAUCAGUCCAAGAUGCCAAAUUCUUUUACUACAAGUCAUCGGCUAUAGGGUACUCGCCCUGUACAUUCGCCUUGGUGAAUUGGGUUGCGAUCGUUUCGCAGUCGGAGUCGGUCUUCUCGGAACCAACAACCAGGUUAACAAAGAUAAUUAUCGGGGUAGUGGUGGGCAUUGGAGUCUUCAUAUGCAUUGUAACUUUCCCGCUCGCUCACUGGGCAGUUCAGCCUAUUGUUCGCCUACAGAAAGCCACCGAAAUAAUCACAGAGGGCAGGGGAUUGAGGCCAAGUACACCGGGCAGCUCCUCUCUGAGCCGGAAAAGCUCAAUCGUACGACGAAGGUAUAGUGGAGGGAGUUCUUUUCAUUCACCCUCCUUCGGAGAAGAGAAAGAUCCAUUACCUCCCGCUGGCCCUGCAGGCAAUGGUAUUGUUUCCGAAGUAUCUUCAAAUCGUGAUCAUGCCAUGACACCCUCAAGUCUGAGCAGUGUCAAUGAAGCACGAUCCGAUAGAACCAAAAAAUUAAUGACAUCUUCAAAUUUAAUAGAGGCACGAGUGCCAGUUUAUCGAAGAUUUUUCUCAGACGAAUUCUCAGAACUCACUGAUACGUUCAAUACCAUGACCGACGCCUUAGACCAGCACUAUGCUCUACUGGAAGAUAGGGUUAGGGCAAGAACUAAGCAACUUGAGGCUGCCAAGAUCGAAGCUGAGGCUGCAAAUGAAGCCAAGACGGUUUUCAUUGCCAAUAUUUCCCACGAGUUGCGCACGCCGCUGAAUGGUAUUCUUGGUAUGACGGCCAUAUCAAUGGAAGAAAGGGAUAUAGGCAAAAUUCAUAAUAGUCUCAAACUGAUUUUCAGAUCUGGAGAGCUAUUGCUGCACAUUUUGACCGAACUUCUGACAUUUUCCAAGAAUGUGCUUCAGAGAACAAAGUUAGAGAAAAGAGAUUUCAAUAUUACGGAUGUUGCAUUACAAAUAAAGUCCAUUUUUGGUAAAGUCGCUAAAGACCAGCGCGUCAGACUGUCUAUCACACUCUGGCCGAAUGAUAUAAGGAAGAUGAUUUUGUAUGGAGACUCAAACAGGAUAAUUCAGAUUGUGAUGAAUUUGGUAUCUAAUGCGCUAAAAUUCACUCCAGUGGAUGGCAGGGUCGACGUUCGAAUAAGGCUUUUAGGAGAGUAUGACAGUGAAAGAAGUGAAAAAGCUGGUCAUAAAGUGGUUUACGUUGUUCCCGGGUCGGAAAUUCGUGAGAAUGAGCCUGAAAUCUUUUGCGAGCAAACGCUGAAACAAGAUGCUAUUGACAAGCAGGAAGAGGAAGGGUCUGCGUCAGACAGUGAAAAAACUGAUAUGCAAGAGGCAUCACAGGAGGUUGGGCGGCAAGAUUCGGAUGAGCAAAAAUCGUUCAUAUCGAUGAGUACGACGUCCUAUGACGAUGCCAUUUUCCACAGUCAAUUCAGAAAGCCAACCAACUCAAGUGAUAGCGAGGACGGAAUUGCCCUCUUGCAGCCCAAAAGCUGGGUUAUAGAAAUAGAGGUAGAGGACACAGGUCCUGGGAUAGAUCCCAGCCUGCAUGAGUCGGUUUUUCAGCCUUUUGUCCAGGGCGAUCAGGCACUCUCAAGACAAUACGGUGGCACAGGGCUCGGUUUAUCCAUCUGUAGGCAGCUUGCUUCGAUGAUGAACGGCACAAUGAAGCUAGAAUCUGCGCUCGGCGUAGGAAGUAAAUUCACAUUCACACUUCCGUUGACGCAAACCAAGGAGAGAGUUUUUGAGGAGGAGAAUCCUUUUGAAGACGAAUUCAACCCAUUGAGUAAGAAAAACAGGAGAGUCAAGUUUAAGUUUGCCAAGAGUAUUAAAAGUAGAAAAUCCAGAUCAUCUCUAUCGACUGUGGCACCGAGAACCGGCGACAAGGGCUCCGAGCAGCUUAAGAGCAGCGACAGUGAGUUCAGCGUCGGAAAUAUGAGUCUCAAUCGACCGUUCUUACAAAGUACUGGUACUGCUUCCUCCAGCAGAAAAAUCGAUACAGUUCCGAACUUGAAUAAGAGCUGUAAGAUCCUCGUUGCAGAGGACAACCAUGUCAAUCAAGAGGUCAUCAAGAGGAUGCUUGUCCUCGAAGGGCUGGACACAAUCGAACUUGCCUGCGAUGGACAGGAUGCAUUUAAUAAAGUCAAAGCGCUGCAAGAAACCGGUGAGCAUUACAGUUUAAUCUUCAUGGACGUUCAAAUGCCCAAAGUGGACGGGUUAUUGGCGACUAAGAUGAUCAGGGAAGAUCUACACUAUGAAUAUCCAAUUGUAGCGCUGACUGCUUUCGCCGAUGACAGCAACAUUAAAGUAUGUCUUGAAGCUGGUAUGGACGGAUUUUUAUCGAAACCGAUCAAGAGGCCGAGACUGAGGACCAUUAUAGAGGAGUACUGCCCCAAGGACAAGAAUAGGGACAAGGACAAGGACACCUAG